AUGAAGACCGGUUUCGUUGCCUUUAUCCUCGCCGCUGCGGCUCCCCUUGCCCUGGCUGCUCCUUUCCACCCUCCUGGCUUUGGAGGCUUCUUCCCUCCCCCCACCAACGGCACUCAGCCUGGUAACGGUCAAGUCCCUGGUGCCCCCGGAGCAUCUGGAGCACCAGCACCUCCAGCACCCGGAAUGCCUGGUGCAUCUGGAGCCCCUGGUGGACCUGGUGGUUGGUUGCCUGUCCCUCCUCCUUCUGGCGGUCAGCCUGGCGGACCUGGCGGUGCUACCCCUACUCCUCUACCUGUCAUCCCUACUCCUCCUCCCUCUGCCCCCAUCUUCACUCCUCCUGCUGUCCCUGGGGUUCCCUCUCCUGCUCCCACCGAGCCUGUUGUGGCCCCCACUCCCACCCCUUUUGCUCGCAAGUAA